GUAGAUUUCUACUUCCAUGAGUGAGAUCCACAAGGUCGGUCGUGUUGGUAAUGCGAAUGGUGUCAGAAGGGUGGAGCAGCCGUGGCAGUUUUUACGAAUCGACAGUUGGAUCGAAGUCGUGUAUAACGGAGUGGGUGGAAUCUGCCGCGCCCGAUCCUCGAGCGCAACGGAUGCUGAGAUCGUCGAGCUGGGUCAUCGACACGAGAAAAAGAGACAGUAAGGUCGUCUGGAGCAUCGAGAUCGGUGGUAUCUUGUUCGUGUUAUUGGUAUUAAGACGCAUGUACGGGCGAAGGAACGCCAGGGCGGCACCAAGAAGGGGACGUUGGUCGAACUGCGGACGAUACUGGUCGAAUAUGAGCGGCAAUGGCCAGUCGAACGGGCAAUAUAACCCGCCUCCGCCUGGAGUGUACGGUCCGAGUUGGCAGCAUCCGAAUCCUCCACCUAGUUCUGGACCAGGUGGUGGGAAUGUUGGGUAUCAAGCUCAGCAGCCUGCUGCACCAUGGAAUGUGUCGGGACCAUGGGUGAUGCCUCCGGUGCAAGUACCGAUGGCGCAGGCAACUCAGCACAUCAUGAUGCAACCUCCUGCUGUAGCUCCUCUAGCUGCUAUCCCGGCGAUUCUGCCGGCUAAUGGUCAUCUGCAGACGAGUAACCAGUUGCACUCUGGUGAAAACCGACCGAUGUUGGCAGGGAAGGGACCUUCGGCGAAUGCUUUCCCCAGUCCCGGAAACCGAGCCUAUUUCACAAAGGAAUACAUGAACCUGUUGGAGGAGAUUAAAAAUACCAAGCGAAACAAGCAGCCUGCGGAAUCCCCCGAGCCUGUUCUCGAGCCAUACCCUGAGCUUGAAGACUCUGAGGAUGUCGACCUCACACAGAAGCCAUUCCAUGAGGAGGACGCUGACGAAGACGGACUUGCUGCAUACAUGAAGAUGAGGCAAGACUUUUACAUGUCCCUGCACUUCUCUCGAGUCCAGGAGCUGUGCAAGCAAAGGGGUGUACAAUACGUUCGAAAGGACACCGGGUCCUGGGAACUUGCUCGAUUGGAUCUGCCGGAGUAUGCAGACCAACUGAAGGACGCUGCCUCGAAAGAUGCUGCUGAACCAUCGUGGAAUCAGGAUAACGAAGAUCUAGGCGAUGCUGUUGAGAAUGAUGUUGUUACUGACAAUUAGCAAAUUGAGAGUUUACACUCCCUAAGAAGGGCCGUGAGUAGGAUUUCGAGGUUGAAAGAGUGUGGGGAUGGAGCGUGAAUCUCUCUCCUUGACCAAGUUCAUACUCUGAUUAUCCUCCUUGCGUGCCUACGGGGGGAUAUCGCGUGAGGUAAAGCAUACGUACGCUUCUGGCUGCGUAUGACCAGAGACGAAUGGAGUCGACUGUUGGUUGGGAGUGGUUGUGUCUAUGUAGUUAUGUCCUUGAGCCACAGACUGGUUUAUGUAGGCAAGACAAUACGGUCCCUCAGAGAACGAUGGCGUGAGCACCGCCGUGUUGUGGCAGUAGGUAGUAAGCAGCGUGUGCGCUCCUGGCUUAGAAAGGCUGGUCUCCAGAAUUACGUCCCCAUUCUUGUCUUGUUCUGCCAUUGAGGGCAUGGAAACAAAAAUCAUUAAGAGUC